AUGGCAUCCGUCAAUGUCAUCAUCAAGCACCAGGGCAAGAAGUACGAUGUCGAAGUCGACCCAGAGUCGACCGGCGAGACCUUCAAGUACCAGGUCUUCAGCCUGACCGGCGUCGAGCCCGAGCGACAGAAGAUCCUCAUCAAGGGCGGUCAGCUCAAGGAUGACGCCGACAUGAGCAAGCUGGGCCUCAAGGCCGGCCAGGUCAUCAUGAUGAUGGGCACUCCGGGAGCUGGCGGCGGCGAGCUUCUGCGGCCGAAGGAGAAGGUCAAAUUCGUCGAGGACAUGACGGAGGCGGAGGCCGCUCAGCAGGAGGGCGCCACGCCCGCCGGACUGACGAAUCUGGGCAACACCUGCUACCUCAACUCGACCCUCCAGACCCUUCGAUCCAUCCCCGAGCUUCAGAAUGCGCUGGUCAAGUACGAGUACAAGAGCUCCAGCGCGCUGGACCCCAUCCGCCAGCUAGAUCUGACAAAUCAGCUAAAGGAUCUCUACAAGUACAUGUCCGAGACACAGGAUGGCAUGGCCCCUCACGCCUUCUUGAACGCUCUGCGAGUUGCUUUCCCUCAAUUCGCAGAGAGAUCGAAGACUGGACAUGGCUUUGCCCAGCAAGAUGCGGAAGAGGCAUGGAGCCAGAUUGUGGCUCAACUCAGGCAGAAGCUGCAAUUGAAGGACGGCGAUGACUCCCCUGAAGUGUCUUUUGUGGACCGGUACAUGUCAGGACAAUUCUCCUCGAGCCUUGAGUGCGACGAGCCGGCUGCCGGAGAAGGUGGCGAGGAGCCCACCACAUCGACAGAAGAGUUCCUCAAGCUCAACUGCCACAUCGACGCCAACAUCAACCAUCUUCGCGACGGCAUCGUUGCCGGCCUCAAAGAGAAGAUUGAGAAGAGAUCGGAGGUUCUCGGUCGAGAUGCCGUGUACACAAAGACUUCCAAGAUCUCUCGCCUGCCCAAGUACCUGACUGUUCACUUUGUGCGAUUCUUCUGGAAACGUGAGGUGCAAAAGAAGGCGAAGAUCAUGCGAAAGGUCACCUUCCCUCAUGAGCUCGACGCCGUCGAGUUCUGCACAGAUUCCCUGAAGAAGGCCUUGGUACCUGUACGAGACAAGGUUCGAGAGAUCCGCAAAGACGAGGAGGACGUUGAGCGUGCUCGCAAGAGGCGGAAGAAGAACCCUCUUGAUGGCGAGAACGACGAGCCGGGAAGCUCAGGCGCCCCCGCCAAGAAGGAGGAGAAGAAGGAUGGCAAGAAGCCUGCCGGAUCGGCCGAUAAGGACGGCGACGUCGACAUGGAGACCUACAAGACAGAUGCCGAAAUCGAGGCAGAGAGGGACGCUGCUCUCCUAGCCGCGAAGAAGGAACUCUUCACCUUGAUCGACCCAGAGCUCCUCAAGGACGAUGGCGCAAACCAGUCCGGCAUCUACGAGCUCCGCGGCGUCGUCACUCACCAGGGCGCUAGCGCCGACAGCGGUCACUACACGGCGUAUGUCAAGAAGCAAGCUCCUGUCGACCCCAAGACUGGCAAGAAGGGUGAGGAGGAUGGCAACUGGUGGUGGUUCAACGACGACAAGGUGUCCGAGGUCACGCCUGACAAGAUUGACGCCUUGGCGGGAGGCGGCGAGUCCCACUCUGCGCUCAUCCUGCUCUAUCGCGCUAUUCCCCUGCCCACUGCCGAAGGAAUUGUAGAGUAG